CCUUAAACACGGGAAUCUGGGACUUGGUUUGCAGAAUUUUGAAGUUGACAUGUCCGAUUCGGCUUUGGCUUGACUGAAACGAACCGAACUAACAAGCAAAGCAGCAGAAAGAAGAUGCAUAACCAAUACCACUACGCGACGUCGUUUUUACGCAACAGCGUCUGUGGCGACCUUUUCUGUAGCCAAAACGCAACGGUGACUAAGGAAGCAACGCACGCACGCAGAAAGCAACAAUGGACGAUCACAUGGUGAAGGGACAUAUACUAGCCAAGAAAGCGGAGAACAAGCUCCACGCUUGUUGCCCCUUGUUCGGUUCCAAAGUCGAAGACGCCGCUCUGUUGUUCCACAAAUCCGCUACUUCCUUCAAACUCGCCAAAUCAUGUCGCAUUCUUUCUCUCACACGCAAUCUCUUCCAAAACUUUUUCUUUUCCUUUUCAUGUUUUUCUCACACUUUUAACUGUUUCUUUGUUCGUUCAGGGGACAAGGCGGGCUCACUCUUCGUCGAAUCGUCUGCAUGUCACAUGAAGUUAGGUAACAAGCAUGAUGCUGUAAAUGCUUAUAUCGAAGGUGCUCGUUGCUACAAGAAAACUUCAUUACAAGGAGCUGUUUUCUGCUUAAAUAAAGUAGUGACAAUCUACGAAGAGCUUGGUAGGCACAUCAUGGCUGCUAAGUAUUCAAAGGAAAUUGGCGACUUAUGUGAGCUCAACAAAGACAUAGACUGUGCUAGAUUGCAUUAUGAGAGGGCUGCUGAACUUUUUGAAAUUGGAGAUGCAGCAACCUCUGUCAUACAGUGCAAGCUUAAAGUUGCACAAUUUUUUGUCCAGCUUCAACAAUAUCAGAAGGCAAUUAAGAUUUAUGAAGAUAUUGCCCGACAGUCACUGAAUAGCAACUUGUUGAAAUAUGGAGUUAGAGUACAUCUUCUUAACUCAGGCCUUUGUCAGCUUGUUAAAGGGGAUUUUGUUGCAAUUUCCAACUCUUUGGAGCUUUAUCAGGACUUGGAUCCCACAUUCUCCACAACCCGUGAAUACAAAUUUUUGGCUGAUUUAGCUGCUUCAAUUGACGAGGAAGAUGUUGAAAAAUUUACUAAAGUAGUCAAGGAGUUUAAUGACAUAACCCCAUUGGAACCUUGGAAGUCAACCCUUUUGUUGAGGGUAAAGCAUGUUUUGAAAGAAAAAGAGAUGCAAGAGGAUGAUUUAACCUGAAUCAAUGGUUACUUCCAAAGAAGCAAAAAUUGACAAAAAUCUGUUUUGUCAAAACCGUUUAAAGGCAUCAUGGUACUUGGUCCAGAUGGUGGAAGUUCUGAAGUGCUUAUAAGAAAAUUGAGCAUCCAAGACACGAAAGGGUUUUGGUGAAUCCGGAGUUUCUUGGUCGAGAAUAAAAACCUAAUCUUGCUACAUGCUUGGAAGAUAAGAUGGUCUAUCCGCUGUUGAAUCAACUUGCUCCUAUCUCAAUAUUCUAUUGAUUGUAAACCUAACUCCGAAUAAUUGUUUGGUGUCUGUAUCGUUCUUUCACGAGACUCCAUUACAUGUAGAAGACGGCAACAACUACUUCACUGUCAUAUUAUAAGUUUAACAAUUUGCAUUUCACGAAAUGACGAAAGAAAAUAUCAAUGUUCUGUACUGAUGAAUGUCUAUUUUUGGCCUCUUGGCUUCUGUUACUUUUCACGAUAUGAAUAUGUUAUUGACA